CCCCCACGUCUUCACUUCCCGACCCUUCCAGCUAUUUAUAGCACAGAAGCACAGCCGGCAACUGGGCAAACUGCGGGAUCGUGUUUUCGGAAAGGGGAGAAGGCAGCGAGGCGACAGCCCGGUCGCUCCGUGGUUGUGUGAGAGACUCAGAGAGAGACAGAGAGAGAGAGUCAGAGAGUGUGCGUUUCCUCCGAGACGGUCCGGCGGCGAAGCGAUGGAGGUGACAACGUGCGGCUUAGCGCUGUGUGUCCUGCGUGUGCUGUGUGUGCUGAGCGGCGCGCCCACCGUCACAGGAGGAGCAGGCCAAAGCACCAACGUGCCCCGAACAACCAUCCGAAUAUCGCCCCAAUUUGAAGCAGCGUCCACUGUCGCUAUGUCACCUUCUACCCCUCUCUUGAGAGCAAGCACAAGACCAGGACAAACCACCCUGAAUCAAAGCUCAUCUGACCCUUCCUGGACUACCUCUUUGUACUCCAACAGCUCUCGCACCACCCCACUGCUCUCGGUGCCGGAGGGCAACAGCAGCAGGAGCAACGAUACGCUAACAGUCGCUCCUUACAGCACCCGGCAGCCUGCUCAUUUGAACAACACAGGUACACCACAUCAAGAAUCUACUGCCACCUCAGCUGCCAUGGACACUACGAGAUCUUUUCCUCAGCUCAUUAACUCCACACAUAAGGACAUCAAACAUCCAACCCUUGAUGACUCCAGUACACCCACCCCCUUUACCCACAAGAGCACUGGUGGUACUGAUUCAUCACUGUCUCCUACUCAUCCAAACACUCCAUCCACAACUGCUACUCCUGCAUAUGAGUCAACGGCCAUCAGCCAGCUGAUAUUCACGUCCAGUCCUGCCGAGACCCAUGAAGAAGGUCCUUCUGUGCUUAACGUGGGAGACGAUGUGCUGCUCCACCCCAGAGCACCUCUGGAUCCUCUCCUGGCCGCCCUGCUGUCUGUGUUCAUUGUGAUGGGGGCCAUUGUUUCCCUCUUCCUCUUCCUCAAGUUCCGGCAACACAGCGAGCGGCCUGAGUUCCACCGUCUCCAGGACCUGCCGAUGGAUGACAUGAUGGAAGAUACCCCACUCUCCAGGUACAGCUACUGACCUGAUGCCUGUGAACGUCACCAGAUUCAUGCUUGUCUGCCGACUGACAAGGGCCUCCAUCGUCCGUCUACUGUCAGCGGUGCUUCUGAGUGGACCUUCACUGUAUACAGGCCAGAGUCUCCUCUGCCCUUCAACAACUUUAUUUCUUCUGUACGCUUGUGAAGAUCCCUGGUCAGGUACUGUCUGGAUUUUUUGAACAGCCAAGGCAAACUGCCAUUUAGUAAGGCGGUGGCUGAGGUUCAUUCAUGCCUUGAUCACUUUGAGCGCUGCUCCUCCGAUGAGUCUGCAUCAGUUUGCCAUCUGGUGGCAGUUUGGGAUCCUACCUUUUUCAUGCUGCGCUAAACAAGAGAGCGAGAAGAAAAGUUUCACAGACACUUGCACUGAGCUGGUGAGAAAUGGAGAUAGAAAACUGACUUAUUCCCGAAGGCACAACAUCGGUUAUAGUAAGGUAAUAUUUUAAAAUCUGGUUGGAAUUAUUUAGGAGCAAAGAUCCGAAAGGUGCAGAUGCAAUUUGCGUUGCGCUUCAUUCCGAAAUUGGCUCAUACCGUAUAUCCAGGAUCCUAAAAGAACCCUGUUAACAUAUAAAUAAUCACAGUUUUGUUUGUUAUGUCUCAGGAGGAUGACGUAAGAAUGAAUUUACUCAGAAAGGAAAAGUAGUAUCUUACAUGCAUUUGAAAUUGUGUUGAAAUUGUGCUUCAACGUCAAUCAAAAUUCCCGCGACAGGUCAGUAUGCACGCGAUUGUGUCCGUGCUGUUCCCUGCAAAGUCAGAAGUAUUUUCUUGGAUCCUUGUGAUUUUGAUGUCACUGCCUCGUGUUGAUGGAAGGUCUGAAAGGAAGACUCCACCAGUGAAAAGGUGACAAUACGACUGUAAACUUCACGUUCUCCUCAAUUCCAUUUGUAGGAGUCACUUAAGAAUCUGCAGAACUGUACAGUAGGCAACAACUGCCAGAUAGAUGCAAAUAUUCAUUGAUGGCAGUAACCUUUAAUCUCUUUUGGCUCAUGGUAACCAGUGGAGAGUCCAGGAAGGAAAAGACAGGGGGACUCCCUCUAAGGGCAGUUUAAACCAAUGACAGACGGUAUACUCGAGCUGUGUGGUUUCUGAACGUGGGAAGAAACCGGAGUACCCCGAGAAACAUCGCACAAGCUCCUUAAAGAUGGAACCGGGGCUGGAUUGCAACCACAGCCCCGGAGCUGUGAGGUGAUGGUCCUCCUCGCUGAGCCAACGCUCCUGGCCCAAGUACAGCCAUAGAAAGCAAACAGAGAGCUGUUCUUAAGUUUCCCUCCGGGAGAGCAACUGCUGGACCCUGACUAGUCCUCGGUGCCUGUGGUUUUGCCAUGAAGGAGGACCUCUUGAUGCACUCAGUCUCAGCUAAGAGAUCCUUCUCGUAAACCUGAACGUUGACAGAGUGCUGGUUGUUAGCCGUGGAGGAAAGACUCGUUGACGCUAUGGACAACUCGAGUUAAAGUUGAUUUUUUUUUGCAUUCGCUCACUUGUAACAACACAUGAAUGCUCACAAUACGGUCCGCGUACGUUGCGUUCGUUCGUUUUUUUGAUUCGAAAUUGAAAAACAAAAUGUGAAUUACGAUGCUUCCAUUCAUUUUUUGUUUUAAAAAUGAAAAACAAAUUAUGAAUUAGCUAUGUACACGGACCCAAUACACGACUAUUUAACACUUCAAGACAUAGUCACACAUUUGUUGUCCUGUCUGGAAAGAAACCAUUAAACGGGAAUGAUUUAUUGCAGAUUGGAACAGAAAAAGAGAGUUGCAUUUCUUUUCCUGUAAUCUAUUGUUUCAGACACAGCUUUAAGUGCCAUUUUUUUUAAAGUGUACUGAAAGAAAUGAUUAUUAAAGUUUUCUCUUUUACUUUGGAAGAAAUGAUUGAAGAAUUUUGCGAAUAAGAAAAGAAUGUUGCUAUUAUUAUUUAUAGAGCACGUGCAGUGGAAAUAGCUAGCGGGCACCUUUUGAAGAGUGGUUGAAUUUAUAUAAAGUGUUGGAAAUGGCACUGAGUGAAUUGUUCUUUCAUGCACUUUCCACUUCUACAUUCUGGUAAUUUUGAGGACGUACUGCAACGCUCAAGGCUAUAUCACUGGAAACAGUUCACGAUGUGGCCUGGUGGAAGGCCACAUACUGUAUUUAUAUAUAGGUACUGUAUGUAUAGGUAGUAAUGAAAAAUCUCUCUAGUGAUGAGUCACGCUGAACAGGAUCAGGAAGCUGCAGCAAGUCGGAUAACCGGAUCAAACAAUGACCUUUUUGAACAUAAAUACCACGUAUCCGAUGGGAGCAUCGGUGUUAGACACACGGCGGGUCUGCCAAUGACAUCCGCACCACGGCACUGCAGAUUACUGUGUGUAGCUGUCAGAGGCCUGUUCCCUCCACGGGGGGAGUGUCUGGCUCCAGAUCUGAGGCUCUCCCUGGCAUCACUAAUUGGGAGGGUAUAAUCAGCGAGAUGUCAGAGUGCUGCUGAAAUAUUUAUUAACUCUGGCCGAGCGCUAAUGCCUGUCGACAGCUAGCAGACAGAUCUCGUCUGAGGCCCGUCUCUGUGGGGAGUGCCAUUUUAAAUCAGGUGUCAUGUAUUCAAAUCUGGUUUGUGUCACAGGCCCCGGGACCCACAAACAAAAUUCACAUCACU